CACCAGAGUCCGUUCAACCUCCUCCGUCCCUACUUACCUAUCCUUCAUCCAAAUAUUAAUCUGCAUCUCUUUCACGGAGUAAUGUGAUGGAUGCUAUCUUUGAUAUUUCAUCUGUUGACAAUUAAUCAUACCAUCUGAGCUCGCAGGUUGAUAUUCAUUAAGUAAUACCUAAGUACCUACAAACCUGAGUUGUGUGUUCCCUGGAUAGCCAUGUGUGCCUUAUCCUUCUGAGCAUUCAUCAACGCCUCCCGCCACAAUGACUACACAUCAUGUCCGAACAGUCGCUGCGGCAUGGUCGCCACCGCUACCACAUCAUGCUAUUAGCCUAUUCUAUACCAGAUUUGCAGACUGGUACGACCACUUGACCCCGCUUUCUCAGUUCCUCCUCCUAUCGAGCAUCCUCGCGUCUUCGUCUUUUGUGUCUUAUGCCUCCGUACGUGUCAAGAAACGCCGUGGAGAGACGUCACGAGUCAUGAUCCUGCUCGCUGCCAUGCUCUUUAUCCUUGCUAGUCUUGUAUUGUCCCUUCCGUCACCAUCUCCUGCUGAGCAUGUACUGCCUUCGCGGGACGAUGUUGCCGUUAUUCCGAAUAUUCAUGACCCGGACGCUGUAGAUCCUCAGUCCGUUUGUCCUGGGUACAAGGCGUCCAACGUGAUAGAGACCCCCCUAGGUUUGACGGCCGAUUUAAUCCUGGCCGGUGGCCCUUGCAAUGCAUACGGUACCGACGUUGAGGCUCUCAGCCUCGUUGUCGAGUACCAGGCAGCAGACAGACUUCAUGUCGAAAUACUACCCAAGUAUUUGGGCCCAAAUAAUCAGUCAUGGUUCAUCCUCCCGGAUGCCUUGCUACCGAAGCCCAAACCUGAAAACGAGGACACUAAACCUCAGAGCGAUCUUGACUUCACAUGGAGUAAUGAGCCCACCUUCUCAUUCCAGGUCACGCGGAAGAGCACGAGUGAUGUUUUAUUCACGACCGGUGGCUCUCAGCUUGUCUAUCAAGACCAAUUCAUAGAGUUCUCCUCGGCCCUACCUGAGAAUUACAACUUAUAUGGCUUGGGUGAAACCAUUCAUAGUUUUCGGUUGGGGAAUAAUCUAACCAGAACCCUAUAUAACGCCGAUGUUGGUGACAUUAUUGACGCUAAUUUAUAUGGCUUCCACCCCAUCUACCUUGAUACGCGAUAUUUCACUGUCACCAAGGAUGGCAGCAUGAAGUAUGCUGCUCAUCCUACCGAUAAGACCGCCCAAUACAAGUCAUUCACUCACGGUGUGUUUCAUCGGAAUGCGCAUAUACAGGAGGUUCUUUUACGAGAAUCUAGGAUCACCUGGAGGUCCCUUGGUGGCACUAUUGAUCUCUACUUCUUCAGAGGCCCGACACAGGAUGAAGUGACGAAGACGUACCAAAAGAGCACUAUUGGGCUUCCCGCGAUGCAACAGUAUUGGACCUUUGGUUACCAUCAGUGUCGGUGGGGUUAUCAAAAUUGGACAGUUGUUCAAGAAGUCGUCGACAACUUCGCCAAGCACGAAAUCCCUCUCGAAACAGUUUGGAAUGACAUUGACUACAUGAAGGCGUAUCGGGACUUUGAGAACGACCCGGAUCGUUAUCCUUACGAUGUUGGUGCCAAAUUUCUCGCGGACCUUCAUGAAAACAACCAGCACUAUAUCCCAAUUAUUGAUGCCGGGAUCUAUGUGCCUAUACCAGGCAAUGAGAGUGACGAGUAUCCCCCGUUUGAGCGAGGACUCGAACAAGGUGUUUUUGUUUCUAAUCCUGAUGGGUCAUUAUAUAUAGGACAAGUCUGGCCUGGCUAUUGUGCGUGGGCGGACUGGAUUGGCGCAUUGUUUUCAGGCAUUCCUGUUAAUCAGUGGUGGAUAUCCGAGGUCACUGAGUAUCACAAAAAGAUUCCAUUUGAUGGCAUAUGGAUCGACAUGUCCGAGGUAGCCUCGUUCUGCGUGGGAAGUUGCGGUAGCAGUGAGAGAGAUUACGGGUUCAUUGCCCCAGAUUCGACAUCUUCAUCCGGCACGACAGGCUCAUCACUCUCCGAUCCUCGCAAUGUUGAUUUUCCUCCUUACGCCAUUAACAACUACCAUGGCGCGCUCGCCGGUAAAACACUAAGCCCUAACGCGACGCAUAGCGAUGGGACUGUACAGUACGAUUUUCAUAAUGUCUGGGGCCACCAGCUCCUGAAUGCGACAUACCACGCUCUGUUGAACAUCUCUCCAAAGAAGAGACCUUUUAUUAUCGGGCGCUCUACCUUUGCAGGCUCUGGCCGCGUUGCCGGCCACUGGGGGGGUGACAACUACUCAAACUGGCCAUAUCUCUACUUCUCUAUCCCCCAAGCCCUCUCGUUCUCUUUAUACGGCAUGCCCAUGUUUGGAGUCGACACGUGCGGCUUCUCCGGUAACGCUACCGAGGAGCUCUGCAACCGCUGGAUGCAGCUGUCCGCAUUCUUCCCCUUCUAUCGCAACCACAAUGAGAUUAACGCCAUAUCCCAAGAGCCAUAUCUCUGGCCCUCCGUUAUAGAGGCGAGCAAAAAGGCGAUGAAGAUCCGCUACGCCCUUCUUCCGUACAUCUACACCACAUUCUUCCUGAGCCAUUCUACCGGAUCGACGACGAUGCGGGCAUUAGCGUGGGAGUUCCCCGAGGAGCCCUGGCUAGCUGACGCGGACCGGCAGUUCAUGCUAGGCAGUGCACUCCUCGUCACCCCCGUCCUUGAGCAGGGCGCGACAACUGUCGAUGGUGUAUUCCCUGGCGUUGGAUUUGGCGCAAUCUGGUAUGAUUGGUACGACCAGACACGCGUCACUAACGUUGAGGCUGGGCAAAAUAUGACGAUCUCUGCGCCAUUGGGUCACAUCCCUGUGUUUGUGCGCGGCGGCAGCGUGAUACCGAUGCAGGAGCCGGGGUUAACUACCACGGCUGUAAGGGCCAGUCCCUGGUCAUUACUCGCGGCGCUUGACGUGAACAGCGAGGCGAGUGGCAACCUAUAUCUCGACGAUGGGGAGAGUUUGGAACCUGAGGCUACAGCCUGGAUUACCUUCUCUGUGUCCAAAUCAUCACUUACAGUAACGCGAUCCGGUACUUACGAUGGGGAUAAGAAUCCGCUGGGCUAUGUGACGAUUCUCGGGGUAGAGGGAGAGGUGCACGAAGUUGCUUUCGGCGAUGCUAAGCUUGAUUCUGAGACCUGGCAUUUAGACGCCGGGACUGGGGUACUCAAGGUCGAAGGACUGGAUGCAUUCACUGCAAAGGGAGCCUGGACGUCUAACUGGACAUUAAGCUGGUCGGCGCAGUAGAAUGUAGAAGCGAUACAACUUGGAAUGAAAACAAGCAGGAAGUACAUCAGACUGGCGUUCUAAAAUAUUCUCUGUAUUAUUGUAUCUUUCUAUUAACGCUCUUCGGUCAUUGGUGAACCGACUAGACUGCAUACACGCCUUCGUAUCGAGCGAUACUCUACUAGCUCUCAGAAUCUAAUCAGUUUAUUGCUGACA